AUUUCAUCUAGCGAGCCGUGAACGGCCGAAAUUCUCCAGUGCUGCGGACAGUUGCGCUGCCGUCGAACGCGAAGCAAGCCCUCUCUGGGAUCAAAGCAAAGGAGGAACUAGUGCGGCUUUCGGCCGCCGCUGCAGCUAGCAAUGGCACGAGGCAGCGGACUUUUCCCUGUCGCCCUGGCUGUGGGCUUCGGCAUUCUGAAUGGAUAUAUCGUUUUCCAACCGGCUUAUGCGGAUCGCGAGGCGAAAAAAUUCCAACAAUCCCAUCAAGGUAGCACCUCCGGAGUUAAAGAAGCCGCGUUAUCUACCAAUACCGAGAUGUCUAGCCUUACAAGCCAAUCGACGUCCGACUGCGCGUCGACGAGUACAGAAUCCCCGAAAACCUCCUCAUUGGAAAAUACCAAUAGUUGGUGGAGUAGAGGGAAGACAAAUGAGGAUUCGAGCACAACUUCUUAGGAAUGAACAAGAAUUGGGAAGUUUGAACAAGCCGCUUGCGGCUGGAUUGGACAGCAUUUGACUAGCCAUUACUGCACCACCAGCGGCAUUCCUGCGCUCGCCGAAAAGGCUCCAUACAGGAGGCCAUUAGGUUCAUAGAGGCUGCCAUUCGGCCGUAUGCUACGCAACAAGCGGCUCUAACCAGGUACAGGUUUAUCUUUGAAUCCUGAAGCCUGAAGGAAGAGACGAAAGGGGAGAGAAAGAGUUGAGAACGGAUAGCCCUAUUGCUCCUCUCGACAUCGUUGGACACCAAAGAGCUGCCAAAUGUGCGCAGCCUACAUUGUAUCAUAGAAGGAGAUCAUAGACAGGUGAUCAGUUUUAAUAACCGAAACGUGUGUGCU